AUGGCCGCUUUGAUCAGAAACUACCGAUUCCUCAUCGGUGCUUUUGCAGCUGUGAUGUUGAUUCUAUUAUUGAGAUCAUCGUCUAGAGAAACUACUAUUGAUAUCGCUAGAAAUGUAGCAUCUUCAGCAACUAGACCCUCUGUUCCGCCGGAAGAUACCAAGGAAACACAGUUCAAAACGUUACCAAUAUCUAAUGAACCAGGUUACGUUACCGAUUCCAAAACUGACUCCAAAAAUCCAAAAGUAGCAGAUGCCGUUAAAUUAACCUCUUCUUCUUCAGCCUCCUCCUCCUCCUCUUCUUCUUCAGGUUCCAAAUGUACCAAAGAUCACUCUUUCGUGAUAAUGAUUGAUGCCGGUUCCACUGGUUCUCGUAUUCAUGUUUAUGAAUUUGAUACAUGUACUCAACCACCAACUUUGAUCAACGAAACUUUUGAAAUGCUAAAACCAGGUUUAUCAUCAUUUGAUACAGAUGCUGAAGGUGCUGCCAAGUCCUUAGAUCCAUUAUUGGAAAAAGCUUUGGAAGCUGUUCCACAAGAUAAACGUUCUUGUACUCCAGUUGCUGUUAAGGCUACUGCUGGUUUAAGAUUGUUAGGUGAGGCGAAAUCUUCUAAGAUUUUACAAGCUGUUAGAUCACAUUUAGAAAACGAUUAUCCAUUCCCUGUGGUGGAAGGUUCUGCUGGUAUAGAAAUUAUGAGUGGUGAUGAUGAAGGUGUCUAUGCUUGGAUUACUACUAAUUAUUUGUUAGGAAAUAUUGGUACAGGUUCUAAGAUCCCAACUACUGCUGUUUUCGACUUGGGUGGUGGUUCUACUCAAAUUGUCUUUGAACCAACUUUCCCCGGUGAAGAGAAGAUGAUCGAUGGUGAACAUAAGUAUGAUUUGAAUUUUGGUGGAUACGAUUAUACUUUAUACCAAUUUUCUCAUUUAGGUUAUGGGUUAAUGCAAGGAAGAAAUAAGAUAAACUCUAUUCUUUUAGAAUCAGCCCUUAAAAAGGGUAGUAUCGUCGAAGGGGAUUUCAAAUCUAAAAACAAUAAAAUAUCUACUCCAUGUUUACCACCAAACGUGAACGCCACUGAUGUUGAGGUUAAAUUAGGUGAUUCAACUUAUAUCAUUGAUUUCAUUGGUCCAAAGGUACCAGCUGGAGCUCAAUGUAGAUUCUUGGCUGAUCAUAUUUUAAAUAAGGACGCCAAAUGUAGCAACCCACCAUGUUCAUUCAAUGGUGUACAUCAACCCUCUUUAGUCCGUACUUUCAAAGAAACCAACGAUCUAUACAUUUUCUCCUACUUUUAUGACAGGACUCGUCCAUUAGGUAUGCCAUUAUCAUUCACAUUAAACGAAUUGGUUGAUUUGGCAAGAUUGGUUUGUGACAGUCAACAAACUUGGAAUAGUGUGCUAAGUGGUAUUGAUGGCUCUUUGGAAGAAUUAGAAAAGGAUCCAUAUUUCUGUUUAGACCUUUCAUUCCAAGUGUCAUUAUUACAUACCGGUUAUGAUAUACCACUACAUAGAGAACUAAAGACUGCCCAGACUAUUGCUGGUAAUGAGUUGGGAUGGUGUUUAGGGGCAUCUUUGCCAUUAUUAGAAUCCGAUAACUGGAAAUGUAAAGUGAAGCAAAUCAACUAA